GGCGAGAGCAGCAGUGGGUUUUGAGGCAUUUUGAUGGUCGGCACGCCGCACGCAAGCAGGCGCAGCCAGCCAACGAAAACCGGUCCUCGACUGAGCCGUUUCUGGCCGCUUGCAGGCUUCCUUGUUCACGACACCAGUAAACGUCCUGUUGGCAAUCGACGACAAUGGCUAGCUCGCGAACUCACCGUAAUGCUCUAUCCGAGGUGGAUGGUAUAGCCCUAUUCAAUCCUAAUUUGUUGGAAAGAGUGGCUAACCAAUUGCGUAGCGAUGGAUUAAUUUUCAGACCACUCAACAGCAAAGAUUACGAGAAAGGCUUUUUACAGCUAUUAAGUCAGUUAACAGAAGUGGGAAACAUUACAAAAGAUCAAUUUUUAAAUCGUUUUCAUAAUAUGAAAAGUUCUGGAGGAUACUACGUUAUAGUAGUAGAAGAUUUCAACUGUGACAAAGUAAUAGGCAGUGCCACUCUCGUUGUCGAACAAAAAUUCAUUCACAGUUGCGGACUGCGUGGGCAUUUGGAGGAUGUCGUAGUGAACAGCGAAUACAGGGGAAAACAACUUGGCAAACUUGUAGUGAUGGCUGUGAAACAUUUAGCACGGACUCUACAGUGUUAUAAACUUACGCUGGAAUGCAAAGAUCGCUUAAUUCCAUUUUACGAAAGUUUAGAUUUCAAAAAAGAACCCGGCAACUCUAAUUCCAUGAACAUACGAUUUUCUUACGAUAACCCGGCGGAACAGUCACGGUUAUGA